AUCAUAUUAAUAGGUCGACAGACAACAACACAUUAACCUUUCAAUUGUGACUGGUCAUUUCCUCUUCCCUUACCUGGACAGACAGUAUUGCCCACCUGACUGGGUCAUUUAUUCAUUCUUCAUCAUUCGUCCCCGGAUUUCAGGACUAGUCUGCUCAGAAGUGGGCACGCAUACAUAAUACGAACACGGUUCGGUUCGGUUUGGUUCGGUCAGCCCUACGCCCGCCAGCCACGCCCACGCCUUGUCUUUAUAAUAAUACGUAACUUCCUUCUUUCCCACCUCCACUCCACUUCACUUAUCUCUCCCCCUCUCUCUCUACCACCACACUACAAAACUACCAUACAUUUACCUUUCUUUUACGCCCCAAGCAAGGCGCUCCACCCUCCACCGAUACAAACUACACCUCAACUCAGUCCUACAACCACUAACCCAGAGAGAGAGAGAGAGAGAAAGAGACAGAGAGAAAAGACAGAAUGACCCGCCUCACCCCCCUCUUCGUCCUCCUGGGCGUGCUCCUCGUCCUCGGCGUCAUCGGCUACAUCGUCUACUCCAUCGUCCAAGACGUCUCCCGCACCACGCGCUCCAAGAUGGAGAAGAAGAAUGUCAUGCUCACCCGCGACGGCAUGACCGUCGGCGUCAAGGAGUUGCAGGAGGAGGAGUAUAUGGAUCGGAGCCAGAAUGUCCUCGUGAAUAUCUGGAACCAUUCCUCCUUCCCGGCCUACAAGAGUCGGCUGUGGAAUAUGACGAAGCCGACGAACUGGGCGGAGGAGAGUCGGAAGGAGAAAUAGGCCACACCACACCACAACCGAAUCCGAAUCCGAAAUCGAACCUGAAACUGAAUCCGAAUCCAAAUCCGCAAAAUCGCUAUAUCGCUAUAAUAUUUAUUACCAUAACCUAUCCACUGUUGGCUCUGCGGAAACAAGAAUGAACGGAAGGAUGGAAGGAAGGAAGGAAGGAAGGAAGGAAGGAUUUCUAUGGAAUGGAAUUUGCUUAAAUACACGAGCAGCAGCAAUAGGUGCUGAGGAUUGCAUUCAUUAUUAGCUAUGCGAAAAGCGGCUUUUGGCUUCCAUCUGUUGCAGGUCGCGCGGUCCUCUUUUUAUCUCUAAAGAUGCGAUGCGGACGAGACACGAGUCAACGAAUUCUCAAACAAAACUGUACGAUUCAUA